UUGAGGGGCUGAAUGGGUCCCGGAGCCGGCGGCUGCAGUUCCCCUGUUUCCACCCGAGGUUUAGCGGCUGUUCGGCCGCCUGUCUCCUCAGCCGCUGGGCCACCAGGUUCAUGUGGAGGCUCCCAGGCGCCCGUGCCGCGCUUCGUGGGGUCCGCGCGGCCGUAGAGCGGUACAGUCGGACCGAGGCGGCAACUGAGACGGUGGCGGGCGCGAUGGAGCGCGCUGUAGUGCGCUGUGUGCCCUCGGAGCCUAAGCUAAGCCUGUCGUUCGCGCUGGCCGACGGCAGCCACAAGAACAUGCAGCGCGACCAGAGCGAGCCGCUGGGUCGGGCUCUCAGCCGGAUCGCCACCAACGCUCUCAAAGGCCACGCUAAGGCGGCCGCCGCCAAGAAGAACAGGAAGAACCGGCCAAACGCAAGCGGCGGCGGGGCCUGUAUGGGGCCUGGGCCCGAGCCUGCUGCGGCCUGCGAGCCGGUGGUGAAGCUGUACUACCGGGAGGAAGCAGUGGCUGAAGACGUGCUUAAUGUGGACGCCUGGCAGGACGGCGCGGUGUUACAGAUCGGAGAUGUCAAGUACAAGGUGGAGCGCAACCCGCCCGCCUUCACCGAGCUGCAGUUGCCGCGCUACAUCAUGGCCGGCUUCCCUGUGUGCCCCAAACUCAGCCUCGAAUUUGGGGAUCCCGCAGGCUCCCUCUUCCGCUGGUACAAGGAAACCAAACCCAGAUCGGCGGAGCCUGAGGGCGGGGGCCCCUCGUCCCUGUCUCCCUCUUCGCCCUCUCCUAGGUGGACUGAAACGGGUGUGGACGAGCGCGUCUACACCCCGUCCAAUGCCGACAUCGGGCUGCGGCUCAAGCUUCAUUGCACCCCAGGCAAUGGGCAGCGCUUCGGGCCAAGCCGAGAGUUGGAAAGUGUGUGUCCAGUGGAGGCCGGGCCCGGCACUUGCACCUUUGAUCACCGGCAUCUCUACACCAAGAAGGUGACGGACGAUGCUCUCAUCCGCACGGUCACCUACAACAUACUGGCUGACACGUAUGCGCAGACUGAGUUCUCGCGGACGGUGCUGUACCCCUACUGUGCUCCGUACGCUCUGGAGCUCGACUACCGCCAGAACCUUAUCCAGAAAGAACUCACCGGCUACAACGCCGACCUCAUCUGUUUGCAGGAGGUUGACCGCAACGUGUUUACAGACAGCUUGGUGCCGGCCCUCGAGGCCUUUGGGCUGGAGGGCGUGUUCCGAAUCAAGCAGCAGGAAGGCCUGGCCACUUUCUACCGAAAAUCCAAGUUCAGCCUCCUUAGCCAGCAUGACAUUUCUUUCCAUGAAGCCCUGGAGUCCGACCCACUUCACAAAGAACUGCUGGAGAAAUUAGUUUUGUAUCCAUCGGCACAGGAGAGGGUAUUCCAGAGAUCCUCUGUCCUUCAGGUUUCUGUUCUUCAGUCUACAAAGGACUCUUCUAAAAAGAUAUGUGUUGCUAAUACCCAUCUCUACUGGCAUCCCAAAGGUGGGUACAUUCGUCUCAUUCAAAUGGCAGUAGCCUUGGCUCACAUUAGACAUGUCUCAUGUGAUCUGUAUCCUGGCAUACCAGUUAUAUUUUGUGGGGACUUUAAUAGUACCCCAUCAACAGGAAUGUAUCAUUUUGUCAUUAGUGGCAACAUUCCAGAGGAUCAUGAAGACUGGGCUUCCAAUGGUGAAGAGGAACGAUGCAACAUGUCUCUUACCCAUUUCUUGAAACUGAAAAGUGCUUGUGGUGAACCUGCUUACACAAAUUACGUUGGUGGCUUUCAUGGAUGUCUGGAUUACAUUUUCAUUGACUUAAAAGCUUUAGAGGUUGAACAGGUGAUUCCACUACCUAGUCAUGAAGAAGUUACCACCCAUCAGGCCUUACCUAGUGUUUCCCAUCCCUCUGAUCACAUAGCACUUGUAUGUGAUUUGAAAUGGAAAUAGAUUUGUGUGUAAUGGAAUUUAAGUCUGCUUUAGUAGGAAAUUUAAUACAAAUCAAAGUUUAUGUGUAACCUUCAAAAAGGAAAACUAGACACUAAGGUAAAAUGUUCUUACCCUACUAGUUAUGUUCCGGUGUCUUCAUUACAUGAUUGUUCAUAAUCUUUGCAUAAUAUAGUUUCUUUUUUUUCCUACACUUGGAGGAAAAACAUAUUUAUGACUGGCUGGAAGAACAUUGAAUUAUUGUGUACAUUUUAUAAGUACUUUUUUUUAGCUAUUAAGAAUUUUAUAAAAAAAACAUUUGAAUGAUGCUAUAAUUUUUCUAUCAUAACACACAUUUCAAAUGGAAUCAUGUUUAUAUAAUUACGGAAAAAAUACAAGUUAAGGUGAGAGGCCUAAGUUCUGAUACAUGAAAGGAAUAAUAUUAGGGCCUACCUCUACCUCAGUUUGGUUAGCAAAAGAUUAAAACAUACCAUUAUCAAUUGUUAUUGCUUCCCAUCUUUCAUUUUUGAAUUAACCUAUUUUCAUUCUCUUAUUUUGAGGAUUAUAGUUUUUAGUGUGUGGUACAAAUGGACAUAUUUAUAUUCUCGUUCUUACUGCAGUUCAUUUUAACUUUUAGGAUACAAGCACAAUUUAGUAUUCAAAUUGAAUAGCAACAAAGUCAACUUGAUCCCAUUGUCUUUAAUAACGCUUACCCAUGAAAAAUGUUUGUAAAUCAAUAGUAUAUUUGACCAUGUGAUAUUUGGGAAUAUAGCAUAAUAGAUUACUUCAUGAGAAACUACCUAUUGAUAUGGGCUUUAAAUUUUGGAUGAACUACUGAGCAUUUCUAUGCUAGAAGUAAUUUGAAAUUGUUGGCUUUUUUAAAGAGAAAGGGAAAUAGUAGGGCUUUUGAGCAUUAUAAUCUGAGUUACAGGGGAACACUGUAUAUAUAAUUUUUACACUAAAAAAAUUUAAUAUGAAGCCAAAUUCUUUAAAAUUAGAAAUUACAGUUUUACUGAAUAGUGUCUAGCCUACAGUGCUAACCAAAUUUCUAACUCGAUUAUCACCAUACCUAAUUUGUAAUGUUUUAGCUGUUGCUUUUUUGAAGUUCUGGAUAACUGUAAUGUUCUCAUUUCUGCAAUUAAUUUCUAGCUUAGAUAUUAAAAGCCCACCCACUUCAGAAAGAGCUCUGAUUUUCCAGUCAUGAGAGCCCUUGUUCCACAUUCUUUCAUCCCUAAACCUAACACCCUAAGAACUUUCCUCUUUUGAUAAAGUAGCCUGUACUUUCAUAUUCUGCUUACUAUCCAAUCAAUGUAUUGUUAACUUAGUUUAGUAAGUCUGAGAACGUGAGAGGGUUUUACCUUCACUUCAAUUUGAACCCUAAGUACUUAAGUACGUGAAGGGAAAAGUUAAGGUGGCAGUUUCUUAGGGUCUUGUUUAGAAAAAACUGUAAUUGAAAAAUUGAUGCUACUGAAUUGUGCUUUCCUAAAAUAACAUUUUGAAAGCAUUUUAACUUCAGUUUACACAUCAUAAAUAUAUUAAAAAGCCAGAAUCUGAUUCUUUUGCAAAAUGUUUUUUUUUCUUUUUAAAACUUGGUUUUGGUCUGCUUUCAAACAAACAUGUUGACAGGACUCUUAAAAUAACUUGAGAGAAAACAAAAAGCUUUUAAGCAAAAAGUUGAGAAACAUCUUGAAAAAAAAUUUGCAACAUGGCAUACUUAUGCCCAUAAAAAAACAUAUGGGUUCUAUAUUAAUAACAUGGCUAGCUAAAUUGAACUCUGUUCAGAAAAACUCUAAGCAUUUAUCAAAACAUUCCAUAUCCAAGAUCUUUAAAUUUGAUAUUUGCUGACUAAACAGUGUGAUCAGAUUGUAUACAGGCAUUUCAGAAUAUUAGAAUAUGGAAUAUUAUAAAGUGCCAUAUACUGUGGUUAAAUCUUCAGUAUACAGAUAUGUUAGUAUGAUUGGAGUCCAAAGGUAGGGAACACUUAAGAAAAUUGAAUAAAUAGCAUACCAAAAUUUCCUUGCAUCAUUAGUUAGAAUAAAGCAUUAUUCAGAAAUGUUUAAGUAUUUAAAGCCAUUUUUGUGACUGAAGUUUUUGAUGACAUUUGGAUUUUUAGUACAUUUUAAUUUUAAUAAAAUAUGGAAAGCCUAGCAACUGGUGAACCACAUUUUAUAAUGUCACAAGUUCUUGCUGUAGGAAUGAACAUUCCAAAAUUUUAUACUGAUUAUAAACAACAAAGAAUAUUAUAGACCAUAUUAUCCUGUUCUGUGAACUCUUGCACAGUUGCCACUACAGACGUACACACUGGUAGUUCAUAACUCAUUAGCAAACAAAUCAUUUCUGGCUAUAAUGUAAUGUUUUUAAAAUUCUGAAUACUAAAAUCAGUAGUUUCAAAAUUCCAAAAAUUUCAUUGGGUGGUAACUUUUUUCUGAGAACUAAGGCCCGAUAUCAGAAUGUGAUGGUUUCAGUAUGGAAGGAGAUCUAUGAGGAGCAAAACACAAGGGAGAGAGUCCAAAAAACACUACUGUGGGAAGAUCUCCCUGGUGGAAACUGACACCUUUAGAUGUCAUAUUCUCCAGCUGUGAAAUAGAGGCAGAGGUUCCUACAAACUACUUAGACAAAAACAAAACCAAAAUAUAAUGAAAAUUAAAAUUUUGUACUACUAGGUUAUCACAAGAUUCACAUGACAAUAGGGAAAAUCUUUCCUUUAAAAAAUUAUAGCCCAACACUCAUUUUCUAAACACAACUCAAAAACAUUCAAAUGUUUUGAAAUUUUUAAUAUUUUGUUCAACAUAGUACUAGAAGGAAACACUAUCUAGAAUUCAUCUUGGGAGAGGAAACAACUUUAAGAGCUUUAACUGAUUUGGGUAAUACUCCAAUUCUGUGGUCCCACUUUAUGAGACAGUCCAUGCUUUAACUUAUUGAAGGUAUUAGAGCUGUAUUAAUUGGGGUGAUUUUUACAGCACUAACUACAGAAUAACAAUACUACCCUCUGAGAUGAAAAUACCAAAGAAUUUUUAUAACUGAAGUGAAACUCACAUAAAACUAACCAUUUUAAAGUGUAUGAUUCCACUGCAUUUAGUACAUUCACAAUGUGGUGCAACCAUCAU